UUCCCGGGAUAUGGGGCCAACUCGCAUCAGCCAGCACGAUGCUAUCCUAGCUCACGUCUGGUCGUGCAUCAAUCGUGCUCGCAAUCUAGAAGAAGACAGCCAGCCAGUGCAUUGCGAUCUUGUAUACGGGGUCCGGCCCGCAUUCAAACUUGAUAAGUCUUUCUUGGGCUCCCCGAUGCUUAUGAUCAAUGUAGAGAUGUCAUCGGCGGACGUGACGGCCGGAUCAAGGCCUUGCAAUAUACCCGCUCUCCAGUCGAUCGCACAACGCAUACGCCAGACGAUUGGAGAAGUCAGCCAACCAGAUCUUCUCGCCGCCCAUCUUCAUAGCGUGGCAUAUGAAGAGUCGCCGCAGCGGAUCUGGCAAGCGUUCCUAGGCCGGCGCCAUAUUCUGGUAACGAGCUGGGCGCGGGCGGGUCUCUAUGAGAUAGAUUUCGGGUUGAGGUCGUCCCCUAUAAUUCGCUAUGCAGAUAGCUUUAUCCCGGACAUGGAUGGAACUAUCGUGAUAAAGGAGGCACCUCCGCUAAAGAAGGAGGAUACCUCGGAUGGAAGCUUACCGAGUUCAUGGACUGCGAAUGGUGUGGAUAUUUCUCUCCGUCUUCGAUCUGAGGAUAUGGAUCGGUUGCUUCGUGACCCUAUGCUCUUCCCACAGAAUACGUCUAAUGAGUGAGACCUAUGAAUUGGAAAAUAUUGAAUACGUUCUGUUAUCCUCCAGCAUCAUACUCACGUAACGGAGGUAGAUUUGUAUACUAUAUCAAGAGUGUGACUGCUUAUCGUGUGGGCUAUCUGUGACUUUCGAUAUCCAGAUCACAUAUGAGUCCAAGUGGUACAUCGGCAGAAUUAUUAGCCGACAUGUAUUCUGGAGGGCUUCUAAUACCCCAUAUAAAUACUCCGUAAUGGGUGUUAAUGAUUAUAACAAGAGUUAAUGUCUCCUACCCUCGGAGAAGGGCCUCGGGAAACGCCUUUGGUGAAAGUUGGGCAAAUGACCCGAGAAAGACCCGCUCCAUAUCGAGACUUGAACCUGCAUUUUGAUAAGAGUUCGGGGUAUACACACACACUUGGUACAUCGCCUGGUGGAUGUCUGAUACCUAUCUGGUGGCCUGACUUUGUUCAAUUUUAGUACUCUGCCUUUCUGAUUCAAACUAUACGUCAAGCUCUAAUGCAGGGUUAAUUUACAGUCUAAGUACGACAUUGUUAGCUGAUCCUCUGGGAGCGUCCAAUGCCACGUGGACACCUAUGUUAUCAGGGCUAGGAUCAUAUUCUGUGAUAGAUAUUGUCGAACGAACCGGAUUCACACAAAGUGCCGAAGCACGUCUUUAUGUACACACAAAGUAGAUGGUGAAAUCGCCUCCAUCAAGACACAGGUUGGUGUCUUUAGCUGCGGUGGCGGCCGUGACAGACAGGGGGAGAGAAGAGGAGACAGGAGGAGAAAUGUUGUAUGACCCAAUUGUGACAGCUUGGGAAGAAGGGAGAUGGAAGCGAAGAAGGCUUGAACAGACAUUGUAAGUAGGGAAAGAGGAGA